CAGAAAGGCAGUUGUUAGAGGGUGAAUGGCAGGAACACUGUGUCUGGUGCCUCUUCUCUUGCCUCUGUGUAUCAGUGUGACGGUGAACACAGAGGUGGCUCUGCAAAAGAGAAUCAUUGGAGGUGAUGAAUGUGAGCGACAGUAUCAUGUACAGCUCAGAGCAGUUUAUCCACAUGGACCUUCCAGCUUGUGUGGAGGCUCUUUGAUCAGUGACCGCUGGAUUCUGACUGCAGCUCACUGUCUGAAGCCAGGAGGGAUCAUGUUUGCAAAUCUAAGUGUGCAUCAAGGGGGUCCGGAGCAAGAAGUGCAGAUAACAGCAGAAGCUGAGAUCUAUACAGACAAAGACACCAGCACAGGCAGAGUUCAUGACAUCAUGCUGCUGCAGCUACCUAGCAGCUCUGAUGUCCAACCUAUAAAACUACCUGACUGUGAUGAACCUCCUAAAAGGCGAGUUGUGGAUGUUUCUGCUUCAGGUUCAUGUGUUCUGACAGAUACUGACCCGUCGUGCUAACUUCAGUUUCAGAUUGAAAUGAUACAUUUAUAUUCCCGCGACUCUAAGU